CCAGAUCAGGCCCUAUCAUCAUCACCGCCAAGUGAUUUUGAUCAGAACCUGGCCUGGCUGUAUAGCACAGCGUCAACGCCACAAAUUCACAAAUAACCUCUUGGGUUGACAACAGUUGCCAAUCAUGACUUCAAGAACCAGGGAGUACCGCACCAGUUACCAAGCAGACCUGUCAUCUGUUAUUGACAAUGGCAUUCGGGGUGUCUCCCACCUAAGAGUCGAGGAUGACGGAGAGUUCAUUUUCAGAUUCAACGACACCCGCCUCCCGUCAUCUCACCUAGACAUUCGUUUCAUCCCUGAAGAAUGGUCCAGCUACCCUAACGGCCAUUACUUCACCAUCUAUGCCGUCAACGAUGUCCCUGCUCCUAUUUCGAAACCGCUAGAGGAUUUCGUGCCGGUCUCAGCGGGAUUGAGGGUUUCCGAGGCCAUCGCAGGUGUCUGUUACAAGCUCAGCGAUGUGCUCAAAAGGUCUGCCUCCACUUCGGAUGACGAAGAUACAAUCAUAACCGAUGUGGACGAAGAGGAUGGCGAAGCCGCAAGUGAUGAGGACAACGAAGAAUUCGAAGAUUUUGAAUUCAACGAAGAUAACGACGACAUAUUCGGAUUGGCUGCUGCGCAAGAUGAGCGGCCGGCCACCGAUAUACUGCGUCAAAAGAAAAUCAAACCAGACAUCGUCAGUCGAAUUCGUCGUGACUUCCGUGCUGUUCGUAAGGCCGGCUUCAAAGUGGGACGGCUAUGUGGCUUUGAUGUGGCUACCGAGUAUAGCAUUGUCUCUUUAUCAGUACGCGUCGACAAACUGUGUUUGUCCGCAGAAACCCUUCAGGCUUGGGACCUCAGCUCAAACGGCUUCGUCGUUCUUCUGAUCCGAUACGAGGGAGACUACUCGACAACGGAAGAAGCUCUCGAUCGGGCUUCGGGGCAAUCCAACCUCUCCUUCCGCCUCCGCAAGUGCUCUGCAUACAAGCCGACAAUCGACCAGGCUGUCCGAGCAUUCACAUCAGAAACCGCUGCCAACGUCCAAACGAGCGAUUCUCAAGCAAGUACAGGUGAUGUCGGUCUUAGCCUGCUGGGCAUAGGUGAAACUAUCGACCAAUUCAUGGGCUCUGAUUUCAUUUCUAUGCUCAAACUGAAGCUGACUCUUGCCUUGUCCUGGGACGCGGCCAAGAAAAGACUUGCAAGCAUGCUGAACAAUUCGUCACAUGUCGUGCAACAGUCAGGGGGGGAUCACGAACAAGCCAAUGAUCACGAGAAGCUUCCUAGUUUUCUUGCUCGACAUCACGCCCAUGAAGACGGUGAGAAGUCGCUGCCCCUCAUUGCUGCCCAAUUCGCCAUGCGAUACUUCGUCCGAUGUAUGGAUUACUGCAUGGUUUGUCACCAGCUGAUCGAGGGCAACUUUGAGGCGCUGAAGCCUUAUGUCUGCGGCAAUGCGCUUUGUCUCUUCCAGUACAUGAAUAUGGGCUGUGGGCCUAGCAUCGAUCACGAAAUCAUCAGCCAGCCUAACGUGGUCGACCUUCUCAUCAGCUUCUGCUAUGCAUCUCUGAAGCGCCCCGGUGAUCGACAGAAAGAAAGCGGCAUACGUGAAUUUCCAACGGGAAUCCACUUACAAGUGCCGAAUAUUCGUCGAGCCGAGACUUCUCUCGCUCGACCUGGCACAUGCCUUCGUAUUGGGCCGAUUGUCUUAAUCGACCCUUUGAAAGUACAAUUCGACAGGCAGGCGAGCACUGUCGUGGUUGAUGUAUUUGAUACUGCCAAGGUCAGAGAGGGACAGUGGGUUGCUGUUGUAACUUCGUCGUCUAACGGUCAGCCUACAAGCAGCGCUGGAGUGGCCGGUGGAGUUCACAUCGCCCAUCAUGCUCGAAUCGAAGGAAUUAUUGGCUGCACGCUCACAUUGCGAGUGGUAUCACGGCAUGUUUUGCCGUCACAAUCAUCCCCCGGACAACUAGCUCCAGUUGAGCGCCUUGACAUUGAAUCGAUACCCGGAGCUGCUGAUACUGGAUCCAUGACAGCUAAUAUGGUUUUUUAUAACCAGAACCUAGACGACAUUUCCGAUGUCAGAGACAAGGCCUUUUCCAUGACUAUACUCUUGUCGACUGUCCCCCCGAUCGCCACCAUGAGAGCACAUCUGAUGACCGACCGUAGUCGUCAGAUUGAACGAUGGAAAGGACUUAGUCCUUCGGCUGCGAAGCUCUUGAGGUGGAUCAUCGCUUCGAACCGCUCUUACAUUGUGCAAGUCGGGGAAUGCCCGGGACCAGAUGCGCAAAGCGAGCUCAAUUUAAGCCGGCAAGACGAGAAGAUAUCUGGCGUUGAUGGAUGGGUCCAGUUCAGAUUUGCACAAGGAUCUCCAGAGAAGGAAAUGCUGUUUCAGGAAGCAUUGAAGCACGUCGGCACGCCGCAACGAACCCUUGUGGCUUGGCACGGUAGUCCUCUUUACAACUGGCAUAGCAUCAUCCGCCAGGGUUUGGAUUUCAAAUAUAUUCACCACGGGCGCGCUUACGGACACGGAGUCUAUUUCGCCAAAGACUUUAACACCAGCGCUCUCAGCUACACAGGUAGUGCGCAUACUUACAGCUCCGGCUCCACUGGGGAUAUUGUGUGGCCUAAUUCCGCACUCGGCAUUAGUGCUGCGUUGAGUCUCAACGAGUUGAUCAACAAACCUGGCCAGUUUACCAGCGCUCAGCAUUUUUUUGUGGUACAGCACAUUCACUGGAUUCAGUGCCGGUACCUCUUUGUCAAAACAACGAGAUCGACAGCCAUGAGCCCGUCUGACAUCAAUGCUCACACCCCUGGGUCUGCCAAUACUGCCCCGAUUCGAAGAACAGACCCCGAAUUCGUGCAAGAUCCUGCACAUGUGGCGACAGGACCCAGCGGGCCCAUAUUCAUUCCACGAAAAGCCAUCCCAUCAGCCCAAGUAUCAAAGCAGCCUGUCGAGCUGAAGCAGGAAGCGGUGGGGCACUCGGGAAAUAGUGGUGAUGAGGAUGAAUCAGAUCUUGAGUUCCUCUCCUCGGAGGGAGAAGAUCAGCUGACAACACCAAGAUUGAAUACACCUUACAGCCUGUCUGAGCAUCAGACGGACUUUCGCCCUGGCGCUCUGGAUCUUUCUACUUUGCCUCAGCUCAACCCCCCCUCGUAUGCCACAGAUAAUGCCCAGAAGAUUAUUGGGAAGGAGAUUGCAAAAUUACAGAAAAUCCAGUCACAAACGCGCAUUCAUGAGCUUGGUUGGUUCAUCGACUUCGAGAAGAUUACCAACAUGUUCCGUUGGAUCGUUGAGUUGCACUCGUUUGACCCAAAGCUGCCACUUGCACAGGACAUGAAGAAGGUCGGGGUGAAAAGCAUCGUGCUGGAAAUCCGCUUUGGCCGAGAUUAUCCUCUAUCGCCGCCCUUUGUGCGAGUUAUCCGGCCGCGCUUCCUCCCGUUCAUGCAGGGCGGUGGUGGGCACGUUACUGCGGGAGGGGCCAUGUGUAUGGAACUUUUGACGAAUUCGGGUUGGUCACCGGUCAGCAGCUUGGAAGGUGUUUUAUUGCAAGUCCGUAUGGCGAUGUCGAGCACUGAUCCCAAGCCCGCGCGACUGGAGAAUAGUGAGCAUGCCAAUCGCAUGGAUUACGGAAUUGGCGAAGCCUUUGAGGCCUUUACCCGUGCUGCGAAUGUCCAUGGCUGGAAGGUAUCGGACGACUUGAGAGAGAGCACGGUGGACAUGGUGGAGUUGGCCCUUACCGCAGUCGACUUUCCCAAGCAAUGAGAAGCAGAAGGACGAAAAUGAAUGGACGAGGAUACGAUGAUUGAGGGCAAAUGCCUCUGCACAUCAGCCCGAAAUAUGCACAUCUGGCACUUGCAUAAUAAACCACAUACAGAAUCGAUGGAUAGCUUGCCACUGGCGACCUGCUAAACGACGCUUGGUCCUCGUGAUUGCCGACUGACUGACUGACUGACUGACUGACUGCGAUGUAAAACUUUUGAAACAUUUACCUCUUGGUAGGCCAUGGACAUGAAUGCAGCUAGUGCUGAUCACGAGGAUGCUAUUUUGAGAGGGUUGAAACGACCAUGACGAUGCACGCUAGAACCUGU